AUGGUUCGUCUUGCACCACCACCUACUUUUACUUUACCACCUCCACCAAUGUUUCCAUCAGAUAUUUUGGAUAUGAAAUUAGUAUUUCGAUUUAGUUGUUCGUCCAUUCGACAGCAACAACAUCAACAUCAACAAAUUAUUAAUUCUCGCUCGAUUAUGUUCAGUUGUAUUACUUUUCUUAUUAUUAUUCUUCUAUUUGCUCUCUUAUUUCUCAUAAGCAAAUUUUAUCGUAAACCAAAAUCUUCAACUAUAAAUUAUAAAUCGAAAUCAUUAUCACAACCACUACCACCAUCACUAUCCAAUAUGAAAUCAACAAAUUUAUCAAUGAAUACUAGUCGUUCAUAUGAAACAAUAUCAUCUAUAGAUACUGGUCUUUAUGUUAAUUCUAUUGAUACAUCUGCAACAACUUAUUCAACAGAUCCAAGUAAUGUUAUAUAUCUUCAUUGUUCUCAAGGACAUGACUAUUCAACUAUUUCUCCACCGCCUCCAUAUUAUCAUACACUUAAUAUUCCUUCUUAA